AUGACACUUGUGAGAGAGCGACGUCACCAAGAACCACUCACACUCUCUAUUUCACCACCACAUUACCACCGCACCACCGCCUCUUUCAUCGCCGGAGACCCAUCUCCGUCGUCAUUUUCAUCAAGCCCUGAAUCAUCAUCGCCGGUUGAAACCUUAAACGACCUAGAGAAACUCACCGUUUUAGGACAAGGAAGCGGCGGAACAGUCUACAAAACCCGUCACCGGAGAACCAAAACGCUAUACGCUUUAAAAGUCCUCCGGUCAAAUCUCAACAUCACCACCGUCGAAGCAGACAUUCUCAAACGGAUUGAAUCCAGCUUUAUCGUCAAAUGCUACGCAGUUUUUGUGAAUUCAUAUGAUCUAUGUUUUGUGAUGGAGCUUAUGGAGAAAGGAUCUCUCCACGACGCAUUGCUUGCUCACCACGUUUUCUCAGAGCCGGUGAUAUCCACUUUAGCUAACAGAAUCCUACAAGGGUUACGUUACUUGCAAGAAAGGAGAAUAGUUCAUGGAGACAUAAAGCCUUCGAAUCUGCUUAUAAACGAGAAAGGAGAAGUCAAGAUUGCGGAUUUUGGAGCGAGUAGGGUUGUAGCAGGAGGAAGCUAUGGUUCGAACGGGACAUGUGCUUAUAUGAGUCCUGAACGUGUGGAUCCAGAGAAAUGGGGUUUUGGUGAAGUUGGAUUUGCUGGGGAUGUGUGGUCGCUAGGAGUAGUGGUUCUUGAGUGUUUUCUUGGAAGGUAUCCAUUGACCAAGAUUGGAGAUAAACCGGAUUGGGCGGGUCUGAUUUGUGCGAUUUGUUGUGAUGAGAAGGUGGAGAUUCCGGCGAGUGGUUCGCCGGAGUUUAGAGAUUUUGUUGAGAAGUGUUUGGAGAAGGAUUGGAGGAAGAGAGGUACAGUGGAAGAGCUUCUUCUUCAUCCUUUUGUGAAAAACAGAUUGUAG